GACCGUAGAUAACAACGAUCAGCGGCCGAAAUCUCGUAAUUUGCGCAAGUGGGACCUUGCCCCCGGCUGUGUACUUCUAAAAGAUUUUUUGCAUUGUGUACCCCGACUCACUAUUUGCAUUGUCUACCUCGACUCAAUCUGCCCGUAUUUACCUCGACUCAAUCUGCCCGUAGUGGAGUCAAAUACGUUACGUCCAGCACAUCCGAGCGUGAAAAUGCCCAGUGAGGACCAAGUGUGUCUAGCCGCUGCAUAUCUACUGGGACCGCUUGUCUAGUGGGGCCACUUGACUACCGUAGUGUGGACCACUUGCCUAGAGGGACCUCUUCUCUAUUGGAAUCAGUUGUCUAGCCGAGCCACUGCAUAUCUACUGGGACCACCUGUCUAGUGGGGCCACUUGCCUACCGUAGCGUGGACCACUUGCCUAGAGGGACCUCUUGUCUAGUUUAACCAGUUGUCAAGCCGAGCCACUGCUCAUCUACUGGGACCACUUGUCUAGUAGUGGGACCAUUUGUCUCGUGGGGACCACUUGCCUAGCAGGACCUCUUGUCCAGUGGACCAGCUCUCUAGUGGGGCCACUUGUAGAGCGAGACCACUUGUCUGGUGGACUACUUGUUCAGUGGCACCGCUUGGACCAAUUUUUUUUCUGGGACCAUUUGUCUAGUGGGACCAGAUCAAUGGCCAAAGUGUAAACAGUUGCCAGCGCGGGUCGUCGUUGGGCUUACUUGGUGCUGUUUGAUCUUCCUGAGACAAAUGACCCCUGCCUGUGACUGGGGAGUGUGGAUGUGCUGUCUAUUCUGGCGUACAUGUGCUAUCUUUGCUCCUGCGGCAGGGACACCCUGUGCAUCUGAUCCAAGCAAAGUUCAAGUGGCGGAUUUGGAAAGCAUUCUGAGAUAGCAUAAUGACGGGCUCCUUUGGCGUAAAUGAGGAGCCAGCCCUAGCAUGGGACAACGGCAAAUCACAAUCAAAUGUUCGGUUUAUCGUCAAAGUAGGCGGUGCAGCAAUCUCUGACAAAACAUGCUUUGAAACUCUAAACCACACAGUUCUAGAAAUGACAGCAUGCCAUCUUCAAGAGGCAGCCGGCAUUGAGGCCACUGACGGCCGCAGCGAUGGUGGUGAUGACCUCAAUAAGGAUGGUGUUUUCCAGGUCAAAGAUCGACAACUGCACAAUCGGAAAGUUGGUAUGGUGGUUGUCCAUGGAGCAGGCUCCUUCGGUCACUUCACAGCGAGCAAGUAUCACCUCGGCAGGGGUGGUUUUGGAACUUGUUACCGUACGGCGAUGGGUUUGGCCAAAACGCGAGCAAGCGUCACUCAUCUCAACCAAACUCUGGUACAAACCCUGAUCCGCCACGGUGUUCCGGCGGUUGGCAUAUCGCCAUUUGCAGCUGGCUGGCGAACGAAGUUCGGCGGGCAAGCUGUGGAGAGGGAUGGUAAUCAUGGCAUGGAUAUCAUUUGUCAGGUACUUCGCUCUGGGCUCGUUCCGGUGAUGCAUGGAGAUGCUUCCUUCGAAAUCGGACAAGGCGUUGCCAUCUUGAGUGGUGACGUGAUAAUUCGGCACAUGGCGAAAGCUCUGUGCCCACAGUUCGUUGUUUUUUUGACGGACGUUCCAGGCGUGUUCAAUCGACCACCUUCGGUCGAAGGAGCAACGCUGUUACGCGAGAUUGAGGUUGACGACGAUGGCGGCUGGAUCGUCGUGAACCCACCUGAGGAGAACGUACGGACUGAUGGUGCACAUGGUGCUGAAACCGUUGUGACGACUGUUUCUCCUCAUGACGCGACAGGAGGAAUGGCGGCAAAGAUAAAGGAAGCUGCGACCAUUGCGGCAGCAGGGGUUCCGGUGCUGAUAGCUCAGGCUGGGACCGCACAUGCUCUGGCGGCCUGCAAGGGUGAUGUGUAUACACACUCACCAAUCACAUCAGAAGCACCCUGCCAGGUAAAUGACCUGAGUGGCAAUUCAAUGGCUAUACGAGGUGACUGGAUUGGUACGAUUGUUCGUAAGAGGAAACCCCUCCUAUAUGAUGCUCCACAGAAAGGAGGAGGAGGAGGAGGAGGAGGAGGAGCUUCAGGAUCGUAAAUAAUCAUUUUUUAAUACCUUUUCUGAGUUUCUCCUUUUAUUUACACAGGUUCUUCUUCCCACUUUCCCACUUGCUCUCCCCGGUUCGUUUCACCCUGCUCUCUCUUCCCUUCCUUGCCCAAACUUGUCCUUUUACUCUUUAUUUUUAUCCCCUUUUCUACUCAUCCCCUAAUCUGCACAUCCCCUUUUCUGCACUUUUGCUGCGUAUCUAUCCCCUUUUUUACACUGUUUUUAAGUUUUACUGUGUAUCUACUAUCUAUCCCCUUUUUCUGCACUUUUGGACUGUGUAUUUUACUAUUUCUCCCGUUCUCCGCACCUUUUUACUGUGUAUCUUUCUUUCUUUUUUUUCUUUUUUUUUUACUGUGUAUCUUUCCCCUCUUCUGCACUUUUUUUUUUUUUCUUACUGCAUACCAUCUCCCUGUUCUGAUCUUUCUGUCCUCCUGCUCAAGCAGGCACUGUCUAUGCCUCUUCGAUUGUCCGGACAUAAGCAUGAUAGCCAAAGAAGGUUUCCAAAUGCCCUUCUCAACGCAAGAGCCUAGCUCAGUGGGGACCACACCCAUGAACUGUUGAAAAUUGAAAUACAGACCCGAGUUCGAAUCCAGAUGAUGAUGGAACUUGAUGAGUAAAACAGUACUAAAACC